AAAUUUUUCUUUUGGGCGGCUUGGUCAGUAAAGAGACGGAAAUGUGCCUGGGCGCGAUCACGGUGGAAUAGGGUCCGACGAUCUUCUCGCCCGCCCUACUCUAGGGUUGCGCGACAUGGCAAGAGGAGGGAUCCGGAGGUCGCGCUGCGACGAGAAUGCGAGGAGGGCCGAGGAAGAGGAGGCAGAGGCCGUGAAGCGGGCGAAAGGCGCGGAUUAUGGCAGCGCCAGGGAGAAAGAGGGCACUGGAUCGAGUAAAGAGCAGCAGCAGAGUAGGAAGGGCAAGAAAUCUGGGCGUAGGAGAGGCCGCGCGAAGAAAGACGGGAGCUCCAUGGCGACGGCGUUGCUCCCGAUCAACGAGAAUGCAUCUGGAUCGUCUCUGGAAGGGGGAAUCGCCAAGAAAGACGAGGAUUUGCUCGUGGACAAGGCCAAAAAUGUUGAAGUGGAGGCUGUGGCAUUCGUGGAAAGCACGAAGCCUGCGAGUUUGAGUGAGGAUGGAGAAGUCGAGCUCUCGUCAUCUUCCUGCAUGCACAGCCCCGAAUCGCCCAAGGAGAGGACUGUCAUCUGGAGCAAUGCCGCUUUCUGCUCAGAGCAGCAAACUCAGACGCCGACUGCGACGAUGUCUGUGGAGAAAAGCGUCCUCGUAUGCAACGAUGAUACGGUGGCUGGUAUGGAACUGAUGACAGCUGAAGAUGGUCUGAAGGAUACCAAAGGUAGCGAUGGAUCUUCAGCAGUGAAACUUUCCUUGGCUGUUGAGGCCAACGAAGUACAUGAAGUCAAGGUGCCAGAGAAAAAUGAAAUGACAGCGAUCGUCGAAGAGGACGAAGUAGACCACCUGGAGAAAGAGAUAGAGAACGAGAUCGCACUUCUGACUAAGAGGUUGGCGGAGCUUCGUGCAAAACGGGAGGCGAAACACAAGACGCAGGAACGAGCAAAGCGUGCACUCAGCUGUCCCCCGACUCCGCUUUCGUCCGGACUACAGGAACAGACGAACGAUGGAGACAAGAGUAAGAGCCGGGGGAAAGGAAGGAUGGUGUCGGCCAAGUUUCUGCAGUGGCCAACAAAAAGUCCUGACCUUGAACCAAAGACGUCGGAGAAGCAGGCGUCCUUUAGAAGAAACGAGGCUACUACGAUUUCCUUUCAAGCUACUCCGACGAAUGCCGUGACUCCUUUCUCCAAAGGUACUUCGACGGGUGCUGUGACUUCUUUUUCGAAGGCUACGACUCCUCAUCACGGCCGUGCUCCUGUUCCGGACGCUGAGCAAAAGGAAACUUUUCUCAAGUCGGCUCCAAGAGUUUCUGUUCCGGACGCUGAGCAAAAAGAAUCUUCUCUCAAGUCGGCUCCAAGAGUUCCUGUUCCGGACGCUGAGCAAAAAGAAAGUUCUCUCAAGUCGGCUCCAAGAGUUCUUCUUCGAAGCAAAGCCAUUGAGAAACUCCAGGCAGGCGCAGGUCUCAAGUGUCUAGCUCGGCCAGCGAGCUCCCUGAAGAGUAGCUACCGUUGCAGCCUCGAUGGCAACUUCAUCGAGCAGAUCCGAAACCUCAGCUUAAGCCCCGCCACCAGCAACGUUUCGGAGGCAUCCAAGAAGUUCGACUGGACCAAGUCGCUUAGAUCUGGAGCUACCGUGGAGAAGAGGCCCCAGGUUGACGAGAGCCACAAGAAGGCAAAGGGGACUCCGGAAGCACAGCUUCUAGUCGAUCUCAAGGAGAGCAACAAGGCGUCCAAAGUUUCUCCGUCCGUGACACGAAAGGUGAGGAACGUCGCAAGCCGGUACAACGAGUCUCCUGCUCAACACCAGCCUACGAGGAAGCGAUCUCUGGACAUCCCGUCUCAAGCAUCGCCAGACACGGGAGGAGCGGCACCAGCAGCUUCGAGCCACAGGAAAAGAGUGUCACUCGAUCAGCAGCAGCAGCAGGAGCAGGCAGUCGACGCAGCAAAUCCUCCAGCUCGAAAGUCUGGCAUUGGAGCAGCGGCAAGAUCCGGAUUGAGUCGUCUCCGGCCGAGGAAUCCAGCGAGCAGGGAGGCGAUGAAAACGCCACCGAUGAGAAGAGAUGGAUUGGAGAGCGAGCUCAAAAAGCUGCCGGGUCUGGUGAUCAACCGGGAGGUGGAGUAUAGUCCCAGAGACUCGGGCUGCGUGAAGCGCGCGAGCCAACAAGGAGGAAAGAAGAGCUUCUUCCUAAGCACCGAGAGCUGGGACGCUGGCCAUCGAGAAGAAAAGUAGAGAAAAUCUAAGCGAGGUAACGUUUGUUUCUUCUUUUUUUUUUUCCUCCCAUGGUUUGAUCGCUCAACUUCUGGCUGGGUCAUCCUUUUCAAAUAAGGGGAAUAUGCUUGUUGUUAAAUACUAUGCGAAUAUACUCGUUGUUCUAAGAA